CCACACACUGUUUUGGUUACCAGGACGUGUCUAUAAAAGACAAAGCGCAGACGCUUCAGGCUUCACUGUCUGUCAGAGGGCGUCCUGUACAACGGAAGUAGCUGGUUCAGGAUUGUGUGGCCGGAAGUGGCGUGUCCUUGAUCCAGAAUGGCGGACGGAGAAGUGACAUUGUUAAUCCGUAGCCCUAGCUUAAAGCAGGAGGAGCGGGAGGUGACCGUCCCCCGUACCUUUACUGUUCGAGACCUGAAGUCGCAGCUGAGGCGGGAGUUGCCUGGACAUCCGAUGGAACAAGAACAGAGACUGAUCUAUUCAGGAAAGCUGCUGCCUGAUCAUCUGAAACUUCAGGAGGUCUUGUCCAUGCAAUCCCGACAUGUGUUGCAUCUUGUUUGCUCCUUGAGAAGUUCGCUGCAGAAUCAGGCUCAAGAUUGCAAACCACAGCCUACAGCUGGAACAACCAGCACAUCAAACACCACUCCUCAGACCGAUGGCAUCAGACAGCGGAAUGUCCCACAGAAUUCUUCUGCAACACAAAUAGACACACCCAGAUCUGAUGGUGUGAAUCCUGCUUUCUCCCCAUACUCUGUGUACAGUCCACAGCAGAUCCUAUGGCUCCAGCAAAUGUAUGCCAGACAGUAUUACAUGCAAUACUAUGCUGCUGCUGCUGCUACAGCCUCCAACUCUCCAUCCCAAAGAAGACAGGAAAUACCAGUUGUACCACCUGCUGCUCCAGACCCGUUGCCUCAUCCUUUCCCAGCUGCCAACCAGGCCCCCAAUCCAGAAGUUCCUGCUGCAGUCAAUCCAGUAGCCAAUCAAAACCUGCGCAUGAAUGCUCAAGGAGGUCUAGUUGAGGAAGAAGAUGACUUAAACAGGGACUGGUUGGACUGGGUGUACACAGCCGCACGCUUUUCAAUCUUCCUCAGUAUCCUAUACUUCUACUCCAGCCUCAGCAGAUUCAUGAUGGUCCUGGGUGCCAUGAUUCUCAUGUACCUACACACUGCAGGAUGGUUUCCUUUCAGACAAAGACCCCUACAGGAAGUUGCAGCUCCUGUCCAACAACCAGUACCAAAUGAACAGGAUCCAAACAACAACUUACAGGGAAAUGAUCCAGCCGGAGAAGAUGUGGUCAAUGAGACAGCAGCUGCCACUCUUCCAGCGUACUCCUUUGUAUCAACAGCAUGGGUUUUCUUCAAAACCUUUUUUGCUUCUUUGAUUCCUGAAGGACCUCCAGCCAUGGUUCAGUGAUGUCAGAGAAAAAAAAAACAUUUUGUGAUACUGGUCUGGACUUUAAGCUGCAUGCUUCUAGUCUUCCAUCACUUAAAUGGCCAAGUGUUGGCCUGACUAAGGAACUGAUUCUUUGUAUUCUGGGGGAGAAUACCUAUGUGAUGGAUUUUUCUUAAUGCAUACUGUCUUAUUCCAGUCCAAGGAUGUGUAUGCAAUUGCGUAUCUGAGCAGAGAGCCCCCUGCUCAUGUCAUUUGAUUCCUUGUGGAAUGUCUGGAUAAUUUACACUAAUUGUAGUGUUAACGUUUAUACACAGUAACAGAUCUAGCAUUCUGGCAGUCCAGCUUUCAGUCCCUGGGUUUGGUCUGCUGCGGAGCAGAUCUUACGUUUAUCUGUAUGCUACUUUGCAUUUCAAAAUCUUUGUGCUCAUAUUUCAUGCACAAUCCUGCACUUUAGUGAAAACUUUCAAUAAAUUGAAAUGCUUUGUAUAGA